AAGAUGUUCUGAUCUGGCGCUGUCUCCGUGGGACUGAGGCAGAUCCAGAGGGCACGACCUGGCUGGAGCUCAGAGCAGAGGUCCCGGGCCAGCCAGGUCCUCAGCUGGAGUCAUGGCAGCAGAAGCCAAUGAAGCAUCCACAGUUACUCCCAGGUCGGAAGCUGAAGGGCCCCCAUCAAAGGAGGCCCUCAGCCCUACCCCGCCUGGCCUGACAGAUCUACCUCAGAAGGUGACCCAGCCUGACCUCCCACCUCCAAACUGGCACCGAGAGAAGCCCAGGAAGAGUAGUCGCGUUCUCAAGGAGCUGGGCGCUGUCCACGUGGUCAUCGCUCUGGUGUACUUGUUCAUUGGAGGUUACCUGGUGGCUGCCGUCCAGAACCUUCACCUGGUGGUCCAGAAGUGUUGGUAUCCCUUCUGGGGGGCUGCCUCUUUCCUCAUUUCCGGGAUCUUGGCAAUAACAAUGGAGUCGUUUCAGAAAAAUUAUCUGAAGAUGUGCCUCGUAGCAAACUCCAUCAGCUUCAUCUGUGUGCUGGCUGGCCUCUUUGUCAUUGCCAAGGACCUCUUUCUGGAGACUCCGUUUGAGUUCCCUAUCUGGAAACCGUACCCCAAUGAUACUGUCCGCAUCCAGAGGCUAGUGCUGGCCCUCCUCUGUGUCACCUGUGUGGAGGUCUUCCUUCCAGGGCUCAUGGCUGUCAUGGCAUACAAGGAUGCCCGCCUGUCUGCAGAGGAGGAUGACCUGUCCCUUGUCCCUGACUCACCAUUGGAGCUCAAGGAGCAGUCAAUGAUGCCUCCACCAUCCUACGAGGACGUCACUCAAGGCGACCUGUAGGACGAGCAGGAGAGGAGGUGAAGAGGCCCUGGGAUCCCCACACUGUCCAAAUUCACCCCAUCUCCCUGGCUGAUAUGAACUGGUUCCAAGGGGCAGUUAUCAGGAAGGGGCAAACAAUGUCACUGCUAGAAAUGUCUGCCCCAUGCUGGUAGCCGAGCCAAGGACCCAGCCCAGCCCCUCAUCCCAGAAGGAAUCUCCAGGCCCCCACCCACUGUAACAUUUCUGCUGGACCAGAGCACAGCCGGGUGCUGCCCACCCACCUGGCCAGCCCCAGGAGUGGACCUCUGGGCCAGCAACCCCCGGCACCCUCUUCACCAGUCUGCUUCCCCCAGUCAGUGAUGGGUGCUCUGGGAGCCUGUCCACAUGGGGCUGUGAGUGGAGCCACAGAAGGUCCCUGAGAACCCAGGGAGGCACCGUCUCCCCUCAACUCAUCCUACCGAGAGGUCUCUGCAAGAACUUGGGCACCUGAAUCCCUGGAUUCCAGGGUGGGUGGGGAUGGGAUGGGUGGCAGCAGAGGCACUGAGUCAGACAGAAACUGACCAGCUCUUCCCACCAAACCGUCAAUGUUUCUCCCUGCCCCUCCCUCUCCCCACCCAGGCCUCAGUGCCUCCAUCUGGACAAUAAGGUGGUGGGCAGGUGAGGUGAUCCAGCUGGAAAGCUCUGAAAUCAGAGACAAGUUCAGAAUCCCAGCUGUGACAGGUUAUCGUGAAGUUUCAGCCUCAAAAUUCUGCACCUACUUGGGCUGAGUGAAUGAGGUGGGGGGUGGGAAGAGACCCACCUUUCUCAUUUCCCAAAUUUCAGUCAUCCAGGAACAGUCUUCAUGAGUUUGCUUUACUGUACUGUAUUCCAUUUGUUUCCUUAAAUUGCCU